AUUAAACUCACCUGACGGCUUUGAUUGACCCCGCCCCCGCUGACGUCACAGCUCAACCUGGCUUUCAGGCUCCGGAGCAGAAACCCGUCGCGUGGCUGACAGGAAGCAGGAGGCUAACGGUUAGCGCUUCACAGUCCCAGUGGUGACGAUGGCGGAGGCUCCAGAUCUGUUCUCUGAGCAGGAGUUGACCUGCUCCAUCUGUCUGGACCUGUUUGAUGAGCCCGUCUCCACUCCGUGUGGUCACAACUACUGCCAGGCGUGUAUUGGAGGCUACUGGGCCUCCAGCCCUGUGUGCACUUGUCCUCUGUGUAAGAGACAGUUUGAGGAACGUCCUCAACUCAGCGUCAACAAAGUCUUCGCUCUCAUCGCCGAUAAAUACAAAGCGUCUCGUUACGGCGCCGCAGGGUUUCCUUCGCCGCUCAGCAGGAGGACGCAGCAGGGGGACGCCGCUGCCCCCCCGUCCGGCGAAGAGGUGGUGUGGUGUGACGUGUGCACGGGAGUCAAAGAGCCCGCUGUCUCCUCCUGUCUCACCUGCACGGCCGCCUACUGCGCUCUGCACCUGGAGCCGCACCGCACCACCCCCUUCUACUCCCGGCACCCGCUGAUAGACCCCCAGGAGGCCCUCAGGGGCCGGACAUGCCCCGCCCACCACCGCCUGCUGGAGGUGUUCUGUCGGACCUGUCAGCGCUGCAUCUGUGCCAUCUGCGUCCUGGAGGAGCAUCGGACCCACCAGACGGUGUCGGUGCAGACGGAGAGGCUCGGCAAACAGAAACUGGUGGCGAGGACGGAGCAGGAGAUCCUGAACCGGAUCAGAGAGAAAGAGAGUCGUGUGACCCACCUGAAGAAGAAGCUGGAGGGCGUGAAGAACUACGCAGUCGGGGAGCGGGCGGAGGUGGAGCACCUCCUGGAUGAGUUGACCGGCUCCUUGGACCGGAUCCGGUCUCAGUUGGUGGGCGGGAUCGAUAACCAGCUGGACCAUGUGAUGUUGAAGGGGGAGGGACUAGUAAGCCGCCUGGAGGCGGAGCUCGGCCAGCUGAUGGACAGAAGAGCCACGCUGGAGGUCCAGGCGGCCAGUCAGGACCACAUCGGCUUCCUGCAGAGCUUUAAGGAGGCCACCUCUCCUCUCUCUGAGGAGCAGGAGGAGGUGGACGUAGAGGAGUUCUCUCUUCACUUCCAGCUGGUGGAGGUGAAGAAUUCUCUGUCAGAUUUGAAGGAAAAGAUGGACGACUUGAGGACAGGAGAGGAGGUCCCCAGAGGGUCGGUGUCGUCAGGUGACCUGAUGGCAGCAGAGAGCAUGCUCAGUCUGAGAGGAAGCACAGCCAGUCUGAGGAGGAGUCAGUGGUCCCUGAGAGAGCGGAAGAAGACCAAAGCAGUCUCUGGACACAAGAAGGCCCGGGUGUACAUGGAGGACGUGACCCUGAACCCGGUGACGGCCUACCCGUUCCUCAUCCUGUCCGAGGACAGGAAGCAGGUGAAGCGGGGCGAGAAGCUCCAGUUCUACCGGACCAGCCAGCAACGCUUCGACGUCUGGUCAUGUGUCAUCGCCAAGGAGACCUUCAGCACGGGCCGCCACUACUGGGAGGUGUUUGUGGGGGACAGUAAGGACUGGAAGCUGGGCGUGGUCACCGAGUCGGCCCCCAGGAAAGGCCUCUUCGACAUGAGCCCCUCCAACGGCUACUACGCCAUCUGGUGGAGCGGCAGCCAGCUGAGAGCGCUCACCGCCCCCCCCCUCACCAAGGUGAAGAGUCCCCACAAGCUGCGUCAGGUGGGCGUGUUCCUUGACGUGGACGAGGGACAGGUGUCCUUCUACAACGUGAAGUCGGGCUCAGAGAUCUACAGCUUCACAGGAUCCUCAGAGUUCACCGAGAGGAUGUUUCCUCUGCUGGGGACGGGAGACAAAGACGUCCCCCUGGUCCUCAUGACGUCCCAGCAGCAGCUGGCCUGAGAGUAGAGGAUCAGACAGGAGACGGAGACUGGGGGGCGGGGGGGGGGGGCAUAAUGGGACGGGCACAGAACAGAUAUUUUUAUGGGCAAACCGGUUUAUUGUUCCAAAAGUGGGUUUUAUAACAGAAUCAACUGAAAUUCAAAGAUAUUAAUGACUAAUUAAAUGAAGACCCAAAUAAAUGUAAUUAACUAUAAAGUAUUACAGCUUAAUGAAAUGUUAUUUGACGUCUACUUGCUGUAUUGACAGGCUGCUCCUCACUUAUAAGACAAGGAUGAUUGUUUGUAUCGAACCUGAAUAAAGACAAAUGUCACAAAUGAUUCAGACUCUUCAAAUGAAUGUGGACAAAACAAUGGCUGACCAAAUAUUUUGUCAUUUAAUUUGCUCAAAUACUUUUUAUACUUAACCUUUUUUUUGAUGUAAGACAGUUGUUACAUAAGUUUGUUCCGGCUAAACAAUCCAUGAACAGAAAUCAACAAAGUUACGAUCAUUCAAGUUUAUAUUUUAUUUAACAUAAAUCAUAUUGCAGUGUGAACAGCUGGGGUUUAAUAUACACAAUAGAAUGUAACAUUUAAGCCCCUCCCCUCUGCUUCCCUGCCCACAACGCACCUAAUGAAAACCAAAAGCUGCUUCUCAUAAGCCCCGCCCAUACACCCCCUAACCACUGAGCCCCGCCCACCCAACACCCCCCCUCCCCCAAGUGUGUUCACAUUUACUUGUGCGAUUUGGCAUCGACCUCCAAACCAACUCCUGUUGAUUGCCAAUCAAUGGCAUCAUGUGACCAGCUGCUCCUCUGGAACCUACAAGCCCCUCCCCCUUCAGGGACACGUCACCACAGGCUGAACACUAUCAAGGUCUUCAGGAACUAUUUAAGGCUCACAUGCUUCUACUGAUAAGCUCCUCCCCCAAGUGCUGACAUCACUCUUUCAGCCGUUUUGGAAAAUGUGUAGACGUCUUAGCGUAAACUCUUUAAGGCGUGCC